AUGGAGACGGAAGCCAUGUGUUCGAAAUACGACGCUCAAGUUAUUGAAUAUAUUGACGCCAACAUGACACGCCCAGAAGAACAUCAACAUACGCUGAUCAUCAAUCACGUGUUUGAAAUAAUUGCAGAGGCCCAGCCAAAACCCUCUGCGAAAGAAGUAUCAAAGUUCUUCCACGGGCUUAUUAUAACCGAAGAUAAAGAUGGCAACAUCAUCCAACAUGCUAUCAAGGGAUUCACUGAUCAUGUCAAUGAGAGUGCAAUAAAGAUUGACGGAACCUACUCUUUGAGUGGAAGAUUAUUAGGUUAUAACAGUCAAAGUCCUGCUUUAUUUUUUUAUGAUAAUUCUCAUUCCUUAAUAUGUCGAACUCCGGUCCACUUAGAGUCUGAUAUGAUCAACAAAGUACAUACUUCCGGUCUAGGAAUUGUUGUUAAGAUUAUCCGUGAAGAUCCAAACGACUUUUUAAACGCAACUAUUAUAUUGAUUAAGCAUACUGACUAUGACCGAGUGAACAACUGUUCUGUCUCGUUUUUAGUGCAAUACGUCCAACCAGGUUUAGAGUCAAUGCUAAAGCCUAGCCUAUGGGCCAUUCCGGGUAAUCAAGUCUUAAUCAACGGCCAUAUCGUAGGGCAUGAUCCAUUGAUGAAAGUGUGGAAAAUUAGGUGUUAUGAAAAUGUGCGGCAUUUUCAUGGCACAAAGGGUAAUGGGAUUAAGAAAGCCUUAAAACGCAACUGCCCAGAUUGGUCUUUGGCACGUCUAUGA